AUGGAGGUGUUGUACCCCAAUGGGUACAACAGCGAGCUGGAAAACCCCCAGGUUCCGAAUACAUACGGGGUGUCAUUGACAUUCGCUCUUGCACAGCGCGAAGACGCAAUGAAAUCAUUGAUCUUUCAGAAUUUGGGCAUCGCCUGUGCUGCCGUCGCCGUCACGGUGAUAGUGAUGUUGAGCCCAUUAGUCGGCUUGUUCGUUGGCGCCGUGGUUGUGUGUGUGGAUGUCGUGAUUUUGGGGCUGCUCACUCUGUACGGGGCCAAGCUGGAUUUCACCGCGCUAGCUUGCCUGAGCUGCAGCAUCGGUCUCGUCGUGGACUACUCGACGCACACCGCCUUCACGUACCUAAAUCACCCGGGCGGCCCUGCAGCGAAGCUCCACGCCUCGGUGAGCACCAUGGGCGCGUCGGUUCUCUCGGGUGGUGGCUCCACGUUCCUGGGUAUCUCCGUCCUUGUCUUCGCGUCCUCCAAGGCAUUCAGGUAUUUUUUCUACGUCCUCGGCACUGCCGUCCUCAUGGGCACUCUCAUCGGCGUCACGGUGAGCCCGAUCUUGCUCAGCAUCUUCCACGCCCUCGCCGGCCCGGUGUGCGGUCGCGGCCAGCGUGCCCCGGAGGGGGCGCCCGCGGAGCUGGACUCCGUGGAGCAGUAG